UUUCACCUGCUAAAUAGCCUUCUCUACCUCCUCUUCAUCAUCUACUUGAUUUCUUCUUCAACAUCAUCUUCAUUGAUUCGUCGUCGUUUUGUCUCACCUAAAUCGCACUCCUUUCCCUUCGUUUCAAAAAUCACACACCGACACUACUCACUGUCCGUAAAUUACCAACCUACCCUUCUCUUAGGGUUUGAGAACGAACAGUUGAGUGGAAUUUGUACUUAAAUUUAGCUUAAUUCAAAGUGAGGUGAAGCAAAUAUGGAUGGUGAUUCAUGGAGUGCUCGUUUAUCUUCUGCUUCCAGGCGUUAUCAAUCUGCUUUUCAGUCGAGAUCUGGAAUGAAAUGGGAGAGUAUUGACGCGGAAAUGUUGAUGGGGUUUGAGGAACUUGAGGUGGAUGAUGAUAAUAUAAGAGAGGAGUUUCCUUGCUGCUUUUGUUCUGAGUAUUUUGAUAUUGUUGGUUUAUGUUGUCAUAUUGAUGAUGAGCAUCCUGUUGAGGCCAAGAAUGGGGUGUGUCCAGUUUGUGCUAUGAGGGUGGGCGUUGAUAUGGUUGCACACAUAACCUUACAGCAUGGGAAUAUCUUCAAAAUGCAGCGCAAGAGGAAAUCUCGCAGAGUUGGUUCUCAUUCAACACUUUCCUUAUUAAGGAAGGAACUGCGAGAAGGAAAUUUGCAGUCUCUAUUUGGAGGGUCUUCUUGUGUAACUUCCUCAACUAGUACUGCACCAGACCCCUUGUUGUCAUCAUUCAUUUUGCCGAUGGGUGAUGAUUUCAAGACUGCUCAAACGCAUUCUCCUGCUGAAACAAUCUCAGCCAAGAAAAGCUCAAUAGUAACUGCCUCAGAAAGAAAAGUUCAACAGCCCCCUUUGUCAAUCAAGGAUCAUGAGGAGAAGACAAAGAGGAGUUCGUUCAUCCAAGGAUUGCUAAUGUCCACCAUUCUGGAUGAUAAUUUAUGAAGGCUGACACGGCUGUUGUCCAGGGUUCACCAGUUUACUGAUAAAGCUGUGUGGUUAAUGAUCCCUCACCGUGCGCGUUCUGGCACAAUGUAAUCCAACUGUGGAAUAAGAUGUAGUAAUCCAUGUAAUUUAUCUUGGUUGUAGAACUUAGUCGAUAGGCAGCAGACUCUUCAUGUAUCUUCUUUUAUCGCAGCUCAUGCUACCAUAAAGAGUAUGAUAAAGAAUAUAAUAAGCGUUUAAGUUA